UUCCAAGUUGUUUAAUUGUACUAACCUGAAGUAAAUGUUUGUGUUUGAGCUUGCUGCAGAGUUUUACAGUGAAACUACGAUUUUGGCGGGUAAACAGUGACGUGCGUUCUAGAGGGUCGGCCUUCUACAGAGUUCGUCGACCCGAAACGCGGCUCAGAGCCUCAAGGCCUCACAUCAACUUUCACAUCGCAUCACACAGGUCACCCGAAAACACUGCGGGAGAAGAUCAUAAAUUCCUCGUUCUUACUCCAACUCCAGACUUACACGAACGCGCAUCAUGUCGACGGGCCUUCAGAUUUGUGGCCUGGUAGCGGGCGUGCUGUCGUGGUGCCUUCAGUCCAGCUGCACGUCGUCGCAGCUGUGGAAGGUGCGUAGCCAGGCGGAGUCUCUGAUGAGCAGCCAAUGGCAGUAUGAGGGCCUCUGGAUGACCUGCGCCGCCACUUCGCUGGGAUCGCUGCAGUGCAACAAGUUCAAGACGCUCAUCGGCCUGCCAGUGCACGUGCAGGUGUGUCGCGCUCUGAUGAUGUCAUCGCUGGUGGUGGGCCUGGCCGCCAUCAUUGUGUCCAUUUUGGGCCUGAAGUGCAGCAAGGUGGGCGGAGGUUCUCCACAAGUUAAAGGACAGUUUCUUCUGAGUGGAGGGGUCAUGCUCAUCCUGUCAGGUGAACGGACGCGAGGGGCAAAUGUCAGCACACGCGUGGCGGUCUGUCUGACUGUCCGUCUGUCGUUCUGCACAGGUGACGAGCGGGUUCACGAUGAUGACGUGAUGAUUAUGGUGAUGCCAACACCGAUGAUGAUGGAGACCUGCGUCCAUUGCAGGUUCGAGCUGGGCACGGGUCUCUACCUGGGCUGGGCAGCUUCCGGUCUGGCGCUGAUGGGAGGUGCAAUGCUGUGUUGCUCCUACAGGGGGAGCUCUUCCUCAUCAUUAUCAUCCUUCCCAAAUGCAAGACAGUUGUCGUACAACUACUCCAAAAGCAGUCAAGGUCAUAAUGUGAACAUCUACAGAACGGAGCACGCUUCAGACGGCAACGACAGCACCAAAGCUUACGUGUGAGGCGGCCCUUGAAUGCACCAUUGCAGUUCCAGCAGGAAUGGUCAUUUUGAGAUUUGCAUGUUUUAGUUGCCAUUUUAAGAUUUGAGUUUUGUAUUACGUACGUCAUGGUGGAGAUCAUGCACGUUUUUUGGUGUAAAUAAAUUAAUGGCUAGCAAUUUUAUUGAAGUUGAUCGUAGAAUAAUCUGUUUAGUGAUUAAAAUGUUUCAUGUUCAUUUUAUAUUAAAGAUCUUUGUGGAAACCGCAUAA